GGACGAGGAGCAUAAUAUAAGCGGGAGGGGCCGCAUUCCAAUUACUAGUAUAAAAAUAUUACGAACGGGUAAAUGGUAAUAAUAACAUCUGUUGUAUUGAAGAGAAGUUUAUUUCAACUUAACAGUGUCUAUCGAGGUCAAAUCUAUCGAACUAUGGCAUCACAACCAUUGACUUUGGAAAAUAUCAGCAAACUAAGAGAUGACUUCUACAAAUGCCCAAAAAAUGAACUUGCGCAGAAUGUAUGCACAAGGUUUGAUCCCUUUGAAGUUGCUAUCAGUAAGAGAAAGACGGAUACACAACUACAUGUUUAUAACAUCAAGGUUGAAAGUGAAGGAAAGCCGGUAACAAAUCAAGAGAACUCUGGUCGCUGCUGGCUUUUUGCUGCUCUGAAUGUAAUGAGACUUCCUUUUAUGAAGAAACAUGGCCUGGAAGAGUUUGAAUUUUCUCAGAGUUACCUGUUCUUCUGGGACAAAAUAGAGCGUUCGUACUACUGGCUCAACAACAUUGUGUCAACUGCGAAGCAGGGCGAAACCCUUGAUGGAAGAUUAGUUAACUUCCUACUGAAGGACCCAAUAAAUGAUGGGGGCCAAUGGGACAUGAUUGUUAAUCUGGUGAAUAAGUAUGGUCUCAUGCCGAAGAAGUGCUUCCCGGAGUCAUUUAGCUCACGGAAAAGUCUGCAUAUGAACGCCAUCAUUAAGACGAAGUUACGCGAAUUUGCUAAGGAGUUGCGUGAAUUGGUGUCUAAUAAGUCAUCGGAUGAGGAGAUACAGGCAACCGUGAACAAACAGAUCGCUGUUAUAUACCACAUCGUGUGCACUUGCUUAGGAACUCCUCCGGAUAAAUUCACUUUUGAGUUUUACAACAAGGAAAAAGCGUAUAAAAACUUCGGACCACUCACACCGCAAGAGUUUUACAAUCAACACAUACGUUCACUGUAUAACGUAGAUGAUAAGGUGUGUCUUGUCAACGAUCCACGGGAAACGAACCCGUUCGGUGGCCUAUACACACUGCAGUGUUUGGGAAACGUUGUGGGAGGACGAGAGACGGCAUACAACAAUCAACCAAUCGAGACUCUAAUGAAAGUUGUAAAGGAUAGUAUAGCGGGUGGUGAAGCGGUUUGGUUUGGUUGUGAGGUGUCCAAACGAUUUGAGAGGAAAAACGGGCUCGAAGAUCUCGACGCCCAAGACUACAAGCUGGUGUUCAACACAGAGGUGCAAAUAGGUCUCCAAAAAGCUGACAGACUGUUGUACGGGGACUCCUGUAUGACACACGCGAUGGUCUUCACGGCCGUGGGUACAGACGAGGCUGGCAACCCUCGUAAGUUCCGAGUGGAAAACUCGUAUAGCGAUAAGGAAUACGACAAGGGAUACUUACUACUCACUGAACCGUGGUUUAGGGAGUUUGUGUUCGAGGUGGUCGUAGACAAGAAGUAUGUACCAACUGAAGUUCUGGAUGUAUUUAAAAAGAAGGCCGUGGUGCUGCCCGCUUGGGAUCCAAUGGGCACUCUCGCCUGUCCACUUUGCUCACAAUAAUUUUGUAAAGCAUAUCUUUUAUAAAAUGUAAUAAAAUAAAAAAGAAGAAAGUACUUUUAUUUAAAGCUAGCUAUCAUUAAAAACUAGUAAAAUUGGUGCUGCCUUGAACAAGACGUCAAAAAUGUAAUUAUGAACGCUAUCAAGUGUCAAACUUCAUAAAGCAAUAAUUUCAUGUUCUUUGUCUAUUACGGUUAGAAAAUCUUCAGAUUCUCUAAUAGUGUUUGUAAGUAGAGUUAAAACUUUGCCUUAUUUAUAACGUUUAUAAUUCUUUCUUGUAACGUUACUUGCUUGUAAAUAAAGAUUUUAAAUUUUUAAAA